GUCUUAACCGGGAAGAACUACUGACACAUGACCACCAACUAACAUGGCCCCUUUCGUUGUGCUGUAGCAGACUAGAGCUCAGAGAGACACACAGCUUUAUGUUUUAAAAAUUCUUCCGUUUUGUUGUCUGUCGUAGUGCAAAAAUGCAGAAAAUUAAGUCUUUAAUGGCCCGACAGGGUCUGAAAAGUCCCCAGGAAAGCAUGGCAGAUAUGAGUCCUGUGGAGAAUUUCAGGAUCCCUAGUAAGGAGGAGCUCAGAGAGAUGCGGGAGCAGCCCAUCGACCCCCAGGCUGAGCAGGAGAUCAUCGACAGCAUCGAGGAGGUGUACUUCUCCAGCGACUCCUUCGACAUGGUGCAACACGAGCUAGAGAAACUCCCCUCAGACCUCAACCUCCAGGAGAUUGAAGACUACAGAGACAAACUGAAGCGGCAGCAAGCGGCAGUGUCCAAAAAGGUCGCUGAUCUCAUCCUGGAGAAGCAGCCCUCCUAUGUUAAGGAGCUGGAGAGAGUGACGUCACUGCAGACCAACCUGCAGCUGGCCGCAGUCAUCUGCACCAAUGCCAGGAGGCAGCUAAGCUUUUCUAAAGAGGGCUUCACUGAGGCCAGUCUGGGGCUCCUGGCCAAUCAGAGGAGGAGGACGCUGCUGACAGGCUUACUCAAGUCACUGAGGACCAUAAAGACCCUGCAACGGACGGACGUGAGGCUCAGUGAGAUGCUAGAGGAGGAAGAUUAUCCAGGUGCUAUCCAGUUGUGUCUGGAAUGUCAAAAGGCGGCCAGCACGUUCAAACACUACAGCUGCAUCAGUGAGUUGAAUUCAAAGCUUCAGGACACGUUGGAGCAAAUAGAGGAGCAGCUGGAUGUGGCCUUGUCUAAGACCUGCAAGCACUUUGACAUCUCGCACUACACCAAAGUCCAGCUGGCCUACACCCUCCUGGGGAAAACGCAGACGGCGAUGGACCAGCUCCACAUGCACUUCACCCAGGCCAUCCACAACACCGUCUUCCAGGUGGUGCUGGGCUACGUGGAGCUGUGCGCUGGCAACGCCGACACCAAGUUCCAGAAGAUGCAGUACAGAGACCUCUGCACGCACAUCACCAACGACAGCUACAUCCCCUGCCUGACUGACCUUUGCAAGGCAUUGUGGGAAGUGAUGCUGAGCUACCACAGGACCAUGCAGUGGCAUGAGGAGCACGAUAAGGAGGAGGCGGCCACCCCUGACCCAGAGGGCAGCAGUGAAGACGGGUCCGAUGAGGCGGUGGUGGGCCGCACCUACGUGAAGAGGAAGCUGGAGCAUGGCCUCACCCGCAUCUGGCAGGACGUCCAACUGAAAGUGAAGGCUUACUUGCUGGGAACGGACAUGUCCAACUUCAAGUACGACGACUUCAUCGUGGUCCUCGAUGUCAUCCGCAGGCUGAUGCAGGUGGGGGAGGAGUUCUGUGGCAGCCGCUCCGAGGUCCUUCAGGAGUCUAUCAAGCGUCAGAGCGUCAACUACUUCAAGAACUACCACAGGACUCGCUUGGAGGAGCUCCGGAUGUUUCUGGAGAAUGAGACGUGGGAACUGUGCCCUGUGAAAUCCAACUUCAGCAUCGCCCAGCUCCAUGAGUUCAAGUUCAUGGGCCAGUGUCGUUCCCCUUCCGUGUCGCCCAGCCGCCAGGCCUCGUCCUCCACGAGCCGCGCAGAGGAGUCUCUGUUUGAGCAGUUCCACCAGGGAGGGAACCCCUUUGAGAUGCAGAUCGACAACAACGAGGAGGAGGCCGAAGACGUGCUGGCCUCCAACGGGUAUGAGUCGGACGAGCUGGAAAAGAAUGUGUACCAGGACUACGACAGCGACAGCGACGUUCCAGAUGAGCUCAAGCAGGAUUAUGUGGACGAGCAAACAGGCGACCUACCUGUCAAGAGUGUUUCCAGGGAGACCCUACGCGGCCAGAAGCACUCAGACUACAACCUCAACAAAGCCAACGCACCCAUCCUGACAAACACCACCCUCAAUGUCAUACGCCUUGUCGGAAAGUACAUGCAGAUGAUGAGCAUUCUGCAGCCUAUCGCCUUCGACGUCAUCCACUGCGUCUCGCAACUCUUUGACUACUACCUUUAUGCUGUCUACACUUUCUUUGGACGGAACGACAUGCCUGUCACUAGCCAGUCUGCGCCACCCCAAGGCAAAGAGCUGGGCGCGGCCAGGCAAACAACCCCGGCCUACUGGUAUGAAUCAUCAGGCAUGGGACUGAUCAGCAGCCGACUGAGGACCACGCUCAACCGCAUCCAGGAGAGCCUCAUUGACAUGGAGCCCAGCGGGGAGAGCAUGGGUCCCCACGGCCCCCCCGAGGAGCGCCGGGAGAAGGUUCCCAGCCCUCACCUGAGCCAGAUGGUGGUGCUGACGUCCAGUGGGACGCUCUACGGCCUUGCCCAGAGGGUGGUGGCCACCGAGUCGCUAGUGUUUCUGGCGGAACAGUUUGACUUCCUGCAGUCCCACCUUGAUGCCAUGAUGCCUUCAGCCAAGAAGCCCUUCCUGCAGCAGUUCUAUUCACAGACGGUGUCCACAGCCAGCGAGCUGCGCAAGCCCAUCUACUGGAUCGUGGCGGCCAGGGCCAUCGAUUACGAGCAGAUGCUGCUCCUCAUGGCUGGAGUGAAGUGGGACAUCAGGGAGAUCAUGUCCCAGCACAACGUAUAUGUGGAUGUCCUCUUGAAGGAAUUUGAACAGUUCAACAAGCGGCUGGGCGAGGUGUCUGGGCAGGUGCGGAUCCCUCUGCCCGUCUCCAACGUGCUGUGGGAACACUGCAUCCGUCUGGCCAACAGGACGCUGGUAGAGGGCUAUGCUAAUGUGAAGAAGUGCAGCAACGAGGGACGCGCCCUCAUGCAGCUGGACUUCCAGCAGUUCCUCACCAAGCUGGAGCGCCUCACCGACCUGCGGCAUCCCGACAAGGAGUUCGUGGAGACCUACAUCAAGGCCUACUACCUGACGGAGAACGACAUGGAGCAGUUCAUCAAGAACCACCGGGAGUACUCCAUGAAGCAGUUGGCCAACCUGGUGAAUGUGUGCCUGGGCUCUCACAUCAACAAGAAGGCCCGGCAGAAACUCCUGGCUGCCAUUGAUGACAUUGACAGACCCAAGAGAUAGACCCCUUCUCCUUGAGCCCUCGCCCCAAAAAAGUGCUCUCUGAAUCUCACACACACACACACACACUCACACACACAUUCACACACACACAUUCACACACACACACAUUCACACACACAUAUUCACACACACACACACAUACAUACAUACCAAUACACACAGACACACACACAAGUACGUAAACACCAUCGUGUGUGCAAAUACCAACCACAGCUCCAGCCGUCCUGCAUGACUUAACAGUCGUCAUAGACAAACUCAUCUCGAACUCAACUCAUCUUGAGCUUUUUUUGCCUGUUUUGUACAAGUUUUACGUGAAUGUCGCCGACUCCUGUCUUAGUCUACGAAAGACACAGUCAAGGGACACGGCGUUUUGAUAUCAAGUCGAUGGACUUCCCCGAUGGUGCAAUGAAGAAACAGCCUGUGCACUGGUUAAUGGCUUCUAUUUAAUCCAAAAGUGCGAAUCAACGAGUGUAUGGGACAGAUACUGAUACAGAUACGAAUGCUUUGGACCGAAUGCAUUUAGUCCUUCUUGCUCUCCCCCCCUCCGCUCUUUCUGUUAUUGUGUCCGCAGAGGGGGUGAAGAGUGAAACGGACGUGUAACCUCACUGAAGGGACAAGUUCACAAUGCCGCAAGCCGGAAGCAAGCGCUUGGCUAUCUGCUCCAAUUUGUUUUGUUUUUUUUUGUUUUCAAGCACCACAUGUUCCCAGAACACUUUGGUUUUUGUCUUUCUCUGUGAUGGAUUACUUAUUGUGUUGAACCCCUUGUACACUCACAUCAGCACUUCUUCCCAGAGCACCUGUGAGCAAACCCACGGACCACAUGUUGCGCAGUCACCCACCGUAGACUAGUAAGGUUGAUGUUUAUGUAUAGUAUACACUUAAGUUUGCCCAAUGAUUCUUUUGAAAUCCUAUGUAAUCUGAUAUUAUAUUGAACAAGCAACUGUUGACUUAUUAUGUGAAUGUCAUGUAAAAAAAAACAAAGAAGAAGAAGAAAGGUUUUUAAUAAGCAUAAUUGCAUCUGUCCUUGUAUGUUGAUUGAAGAUAGAGAAAGAAAAAGUUGAAAAUGUAUUUUCCGACUCAGGCAAACGGUUGCAUUCCACUCUGAUGGUGUGUUGAUUGGGAAGAACAUAGCUUUUACUGUGUAUGUGAAUGUGUGGACGUUCCUGUUUAUUUAUUUCCACUACUGUAAGCUCAAAUCCGAAACACGUGGGAGGGUGGAUCUGAGCCUAACUAAAGUAGCCUGUUCUUGGCGUUAUCCUGUACUUGUCAUAUUUAAGGCAAAAAAAAGAGACUUUUUGGUUUUGUUUGUUUUAAAUGGUCAAAUUUUAGAAAUCAUUAACUGUAGGAUGCAUUGAUUGAAAUCCCUAAAUAAACACACUAACUAAAA